AUGGAUUUCGUGCAGCUCCUGCUUCGCUCGGGUACCUCAGACGAAUUGCUCGACCAUGAUCGCCAUAGCAUGAGUACGGAAGCUCUGCUAUCGGUCGAAAAAUUCCUCUGCAAUGCCUUGUCUCUCAUUCGGAACUCAUUCAACUCUAUGCUUCCUGUCAAUCGUUUAGCCCCAGAGAUCCUCGCGGACAUUUUUGAACGUCUCAUAGGCCCAGCUUAUAUCAAAGAGGAGGGACUAGAUGUCUUCAGGUGGCCAUCCUCUUCCCUGCGAUAUCCGCUACCGCUCAAGGACAUUAGCUGCGUUUGUCAACAAUGGCGUGAGAUCUGUGUGGACACUGGUACGCUGUGGACUGAUAUACUCGAUCCCGAUUUUCUCCAUGCUGUGCCUAUGUUUGUGGAACGCUCCAAGAGUGCACCAUUGCACGUCUCUGUUUCACCUGCCACUCGGGGCCCUUUCAUCGAUUCGCUGUUCCAGCUGCACGGCUCUUGCAUCAAGGAGCUUCAUUUAAUGUUCCGUCACAAAUUUGGCCAUUAUACUGGAAGAUGGCGCCCACCAACUUGGGAAGACGUGUCUCACUGUGUUGACUACCCAGCUCCGGCGUUGGAGGAACUCCGACUUCACGCCGUCCUGUUGUAUUAUUCAACUAAUCGGAGUGAUGGUUCAUCAACUCCUCGGAUACUUUUCCGUGGGGUUACUCCUCGCCUUAAGUCACUCAUAAUAUCCUCUAACGAUUGGCUUCCGAGAAAUCAUUUUGGGAGCUUGAUACGGCUCUGUCUCGAUGGCUAUGAUCGCAGGACAUGGACUCUUAUAGAGAUGGUGACAUUCCUGCUCGGUUGCCCCAGCCUCGAAGAAGUCAUCAUCCACAGCUUGUACCGCCGGCCGUAUGAAGAAUAUCAGCACAGCGAUGACACUUUGCCCUCCGUUGUUUGGCCCUACCUGUGCAGAUUAGUGAUUGGGAGAAUGGAGCCCUCAUUGGCCUCGUGGAUAUUGCGUCACAUCACUAUCCCUGAGUGUGUGGCUCUCCGUAUCUUCUCUGUAUUCCGUCAGAGCGAUGGCGGCGAGGACGCCGGCAACGUCGGGGAUGUGCUCAACAGUCUGUUUUUGCUCGAUUAUCCAGUAGUCAUGCAAUUGUGUGCAUCUUCAGGUAUGCCGCUGGUAGCCCUUGCGGAUGCUACCAGGGGUAUCCGAUUGGACUCUAUCUUGCCGACUCCCUUGGAUGUCACCCAAGUCUGGAUGCAUCAGCUAUGGACAACCUUACCUCUUUCGAAAAUCACGAAACUUCUACUCAUCGAAACCUCCGACAGGCUGGAAGUCGAUACUUUGUUCGAAUUCUUGACGUCGCUGUCGACGCUCGUGUAUUCCCAGGGGUAUAAAUUGGGACAUCUCGAGUACCCCGAGCACGAAAGAGUACAUGUUCUAACCCGCUUCCUCGCUCUCCUCACUCCUACCGAUCAAAACAACAUUUCGUGUCCCAGCCUCUCCACUCUCGACAUCCACACACCAUGCUCUCCAAAUAUGCUCGAUACUAUUCUCGAGUUCGCUCAGCGUCGUGCACGCCUCGGCUAUCCCCUACAGAAGCUCAUCAUUGAGCUGGAGGCGGGUGCAUCGAACUCAAGCCAUGAUUGGACAAGCCUGGCGUCGUGCGUCGAAGGUUUCGAGAUCAGACCGGGUGGCGGGCCUCCACCGACGCUCGACUGGCCUGCUGUAUGUGGAGGGCCGACUCAUGAACUUUGGCCUGCCUGGUGA